AUCUCUUUUCCUUCCGCAUUACAGAACCCUAAUUCCUUCUCCACUUCGUCUGUAAUUUGUUCUUCAAAAUUUUAAUUGAAUCCUCAAUUAAUGGCAACAAUCAGUUUAAGAAAAGGAAACACUCGUCUUCCCCCAGAAGUAAACAGAGUUUUGUAUGUUCGAAAUCUUCCCUUCAACAUAUCUAGCGAAGAGAUGUACGAUAUCUUUGGAAAAUACGGUGCUAUCCGUCAGAUUCGUAUUGGUACAACCAAGGAUACCAGGGGUACGGCUUAUGUUGUCUAUGAAGAUAUCUAUGAUGCAAAGACUGCUGUUGAUCAUCUUUCUGGGUUCAAUGUCGCAAAUCGAUACCUAAUUGUGUUGUAUUAUCAGCAAGCUAAGAUGAGUAAGAAAGUUGAUUUGAAGAAGAAGGAGGACGAGCUUACAAAGAUGCAGGAAAAAUAUGGAGUAUCUACUAAAGAUAAGUGAGACCAAUUUGUAUUUCCUUGUCAUAUUUCGUUAACAUGUACGAAUUUUAUUAAAUUUAGGGUUUCUCGUUGUCAAACAAACGGUUGUAUUUUGAUCCUAUAUUAGUUUUAUUGAUGACCGGAAUUUCCUAUUAUGCGCAUGUAUAAUAAUUUGAUUAAUAGAUUUCUUUUGGUUGAAUCUCA